ACGGUGAACAUUACUCUUCCCAACUUGGUAUCAGAUUUUAUCACCAUGUCUUCUUCCAGAAAUUCUUCUUCUUUUCACCCAGCCUUGACUAUCUCAAACAUCAAGAAUUGCAUUCCGCUUACUCUUGAUCUUGAGACUAGUGAAUACUUUUCAUGGGCUGAAUUAUUUAAAAUCACCGCCACGGCAUAUCAGGUCCUUGACCAUAUCUUCCCUACCGCUGCCUCCUCCCCGCCUUCUGCUGCGGACGAGUCUGAUCCUCUUACUCCCGAACAAAUCCUUGCCGCUUCUCUCAUUCAAGCCGAAGCUGAUUCUCUUUGGCGUCGUCUUGAUGCGGUGGUUCUACAGUGGAUCUAUGCUACUAUAUCUCAUGAUCUUCUCCACACUAUACUUGAGCCCGACUCAACGGCUCAACAAGCAUGGGAGCGACUCGCCGAUAUCUUCCAUGAUAAUAAGCACUCUCGUGCCAUAUAUUUGGAAGAACAAUUUUCCAAUACCCGAUUGGAAAGCUUCACCAGCGUUAGUGCCUAUUGCAAAGCCCUUAAGACGUUGGCCACCAAACUCGGGAACGUCGGCUCCACCGUUAACAAUCAUCGCCUUGUCCUUCGUCUUGUCGGCGGCCUCCCCGCCUCCUACGAUACGGUGGCUUCUCUGAUCCAGCAAACGGUACCUCUUCCGCCCUUUGCUACAGCCCGUUCCAUGCUUAUUCUUGAGGAAACACGCAAGAGUCACCAGCUUGGGGCAACUGGGCAGACUGCUUUGCUUCAUACUCAUCCGCCGUCAGAUUCUUCUAGACAGAGCUCCCCUCGCCCAAGCUCUAAUGGCCGCAACCGACCCAACACCUCCAGGCCUUCCAAACCACGUGGAUCUCCUCUGUCCACCACCUUUCCUGGUUCACCUGGACUCCCGCCUUACUGGACAGCUCCCCCACCAUGGGCCUAUUGGAUGACACCUGGAUAUGCUCCUUGGCAGGUUCCCCCAUGUCCAUAUCCCACGGCUUCUGUACCCCCACGUGCCCCUACUACAGCCGGUAUUCUUGGACCACGACCACAUCAGGCUCACCUUGCCAAUCCAGCUCAACCCACCGAUAUUUCUGAAGCACUCCAUACACUUACUCUCACUCCUCCAGCAGAUACCUGGUAUAUGGAUACUGGCGCAUCCUCUCACAUGACAGCCAAUCCGGGAUCUCCGAACGGGGGCGCAACUAAUGCGGAGUAAUAGUUCUGGUGCACUCUAUCCCAUCAUGCCAUCAUGUCCGUCUUCCCAAAUAAAUUCCAUCUCCUUAAUUGUUGUCUCUGCCGAUACAUGGCAUCAUCGUUUGGGUCAUCCGGGCGACCCCACGUUUAGCAAGAUUAGAUCAAAUAAAUACAUUACUUGUAAUAAUGUUCGUUCAGCUUUAUGUACUUCUUGUCAGUUGGGCAAGCAUAUUAAACUCCCAUUUUCCAAUUCUAUGUCUGCCACAUCUUUACCAUUUGAAAUAAUACAUAGUGAUUUGUGG